CGAAGAAAUGGCGUCGUCGGUGCCGUCGACGCCGACGUCGUCGCCCGUGUCGACGCCGGAGCUGCCGCAGCCGCGGCCGCUGUUGCCCAUCUUCGCGCUGCCGACGCUCAACUUCACGUGCAGCCAGGUGUCGGCGGUGUGCCAGACGCUGGAGGAGUCGGGCGACGUCGAGCGGCUGGCGCGCUUCCUCUGGUCGCUGCCGGUCGCCAAUCCAAACUUCGCCGAGCUGUCGCGCACCGAGGCCGUGCUGCGCGCCAGGGCCAUCGUCGCCUUCCACAGCAACAACUUCAAGGAGCUCUACCACAUCCUCGAGCACUACAAGUUCGGCAAGGACAGCCACGCCAAGCUGCAGGCCCUCUGGCUCGAGGCGCACUACAUCGAGGCCGAAAAGCUGCGCGGAAGGCCGCUCGGCCCCGUCGACAAGUACAGACAUAUCGCACCGCGCCGCAAAGUGCAGCGCUCGAGGCGAAGCGCCGCUCGGGCGAUCGCCGCCACACCGCUCACAGCUGCAAAAGCGCUCUUUGCUGAGUCUCUGUCCGCCGCGACGCUGCUAAGCGCUACACCGCAAGGCACUCAGCUGCAGCGCCACAAAGCGUUUAGCCGCAUAUGUGCGAUUUGCAGCUCGCCGCGAGUGCAAAAUCCGCCAUGA